UUUAGUUGUACGUUUAAAAAUUUUAAAAUUGUAUUUUUCACUAUGUUUGAAUCUUAAAUUACAUUCCUAGCAAAAAAUGGGGAAUAUUUUAUACGCACAGUAAUAAAUUGAUCUAUUUUGAUAAAGCAUAGCAAUCUAGAAGCAAUAAAUCAAAAAUCACUAAACAUGAAUAAAGAACUGUCAUCGACAUCAUCCAUUGUAUGUUUGGAAGGAUUAUUUAGCACUUAUUUACGACGCAUUUACUUGAUUUUUCCAGUUUAACAAUGCCUCAGGAACCCCGUAAAUCUGAACGAAAAUCAUUGCCUCCAUUGUCACCUGGCCCAAUUCUUGACAUUUCUGACGAUGAAUUGGUAUCAAUUUCCGUCCGCGACUUAAACCGCCAACUAAAAUUAAGGGGCUUGUCUCGGGAAGACAUCGUCCGGAUGAAACAGAGAAGACGUACUUUGAAAAAUCGUGGAUAUGCAGCCUCUUGUCGUAUAAAACGCAUUGAACAGAAAGACGAACUUGAAACAGAAAAGACACAAGAAUGGCGUGACAUGGAAACCAUGCAAGAUGAUAUUAAACACAUGAGGGACGAGAUGAAUAGCAUUCGCAAACGAUUUGAAGCUUUGAAGAAAUUCGCAAUCAACAAUAAAAUUCCAAUCCCAAAUGAUUUAGAGAAUUUAUAAGUUUUAAUACAGUUUAUUAAUUAAAGGUACAAAAUCUAGGUUUA